GGCGGCAGCAGUGUCCCAGUGCGUCAGCGUUCGAGUGGCGUCUUUUCUGUUCUUUGUGCGGCGGAGGCGGCUGCAGCCCUUGCAGCAGCCAGAGUGCUGAGAGGACAGAGGAGCUGCCUGGUCCUUCUGCUUCCUGGCGGGACUCGUGUCUCGAUCGCAGCGGUCCGUUCCUGAGGUGGGCUCUGUGGCGUGAGGUGAUGUCCUGUCCGCACCGUGGGGCCCGGGGGCGGACCUUCUGUGCGCGCGAGUGUGCUCGCGACCGGUGCUCUGUCCGGUGUCGCGAGGGAGGAAGGGAGAGAGAGAAUGGUUUGUUCCCGCGGUGGGUGGGGUGCACGCGGACUGGACACGGUGUCUCCCGUGCCGGGAAGGGCUGGUUGUGCCUUUGGAACGUAACGGUCGCUGACAGCCCACUUCUCGGAGUCGCUUUCCUUUCAGGAGCGAGAAGAAUGGACGAAGCUGCUGGGGAUUUGAAACAAGCACUUCCAGACCUGUGCAACAGUGUUAAAAUACACGUGGAGGUUCUUCAGAAAUCAAGCAGCACGGCCAAAAAAGAAGAUAUCAGGAUGGGUGUCUUAAAGCUGUUGAACAGACAUAACAUCGUGUUUGGUGAUUACAAGUGGACAGAGUUUGAUGAUAGUUUCCUUAACAGCAAUGUGCAGUCCGUGUCAAUUGUGGAUACAGAGCUGAACCUGAAGGACAGACAGCCUAUUGACUUGGGCAAAAGCAGUCUUUCUCUUCAUAUUUUUCAUCUGAAUGAAGAAGGACCGAGCUCUGAAAACCUGGAAGAAGAGAAUGAGGAUAUCAUUGCAGCUAACCACUGGGUGCUACCAGCAGCUGAAUUCCAUGGCCUUUGGGAAAGUCUUAUAUAUGACAUUGAAGUAAAAUCGCAUUUACUUGAUUAUGUGGCGACAACAUUACUGUUUUCUGACAAAAAUGUUGACAGCAACCUGAUAUCGUGGAACAGAGUUGUUUUGCUGCAUGGCCCUCCUGGAACUGGCAAAACCUCCCUCUGUAAAGCAUUGGCUCAAAAGCUGGCAAUUCGACUGUCACACAGGUAUAGAUAUGGACAGUUAAUUGAGAUAAACAGCCAUAGCCUUUUCUCGAAAUGGUUUUCUGAGAGUGGCAAGCUUGUAACCAAGAUGUUCCAGAAGAUUCAAGAGUUAAUUGAUGACAAAGAUGCUCUUGUAUUUGUACUGAUUGACGAGGUAGAAAGCCUCACAGCAGCCCGCAGUGCCUUCAAGGCAGGCACAGAGCCUUCAGAUGCUAUUCGUGUGGUGAAUGCUGUACUGACACAAAUAGAUCAGAUUAAAAGGCAUCCCAAUGUAGUUAUCCUGACUACUUCAAAUAUUACGGAGAAAAUCGACGUGGCCUUUGUAGACAGGGCUGACAUAAAGCAAUACAUUGGACCUCCAUCCACUGCAGCAAUAUUUAGAAUAUACCUUUCUUGCUUGGAAGAACUGAUGAAGUGUCAAAUAAUAUAUCCUCGACAGCAGCUGCUGACACUCAGAGAGCUAGAGAUGAUAGGCUUCAUAGAAAAUAAUGUGUCAAGGUUAAGCCUUAUACUAAAAGAAAUCUCAAGCACUUGUCUCUAUUUUACUAUAGAAGAAGUGAAGGCCUUAGUGGCAGAGUCCUGAGAAAACUUCCUUUCCUAGCACAUGCACUUUAUAUUCAAUCCCCCAACGUUACAAUGACAACAUUUCUUCAGGCUCUUUCACUUGCAGUAGACAGGCAAUUCGAAGAAAGAAAGAAACUUGCAGACUGUGUGUGACCCUCUACUGUUUUGCAGUUAUCUGUGUUGUUAACACUGAAAACUAUGUAUUUUUCAUAUAAACUGUGCAGCUUCUGUAAAAUCAAUUGUCAACACCUUAAAAACCUGGAAUGCCUAAUAUAGUUUUUUCAAAACAUUCAUUAAUAAACAAUUAAGAAUUAUUACAGCAUAUUUUUCAAAAGCUUUAUUUCAAAUGCCAAUAAGAGGAUUGCAAAAAAAAUUGUGUUAAAAGUUACUGUUCAUCUUUUACAGUUAUUAAAAGUGGGCAGACUUCUAGUCCUUGUUUCUUAACUUUCUAUCCAUGCAUCAGUUUCUAUACUUCUGAUUCUUUUAUAUUUUUAAUAGCAAUAGGAACUAGGCCUCUGGAUCUUCUGCCAUAAAUUUACUAUUUGUUAUUGCUUCUGAAAUAAAAAACAUGAAACUGGGAAGGAUUCAAAGUCCUCAGUGGUGGCCAAGACCUGACAUCUAUUUAUCUUGAAACUUAAUGUCAAGUAUUACUUUUUUUUUAACUACAUCAGAUUCAAAAGUUUAAAAUCAAGAGAUCACUUAAUUGCAUUUUGUAAUACUACUACUUUGUGAUGUUGCAAGGAUGCAAACUGGAGGGACCAUGUUUUCUCACUGAAGAGCAACUACAGUGUGUAAGAAAGGUUCUUUAAAAUGCAUUAAGUUUGGCUUUUUUUUUGUUUUAUGAAUAUGACAUAAAAGUUAUAAGUCAUCUGUGGAGAAAAAUGCAUUGUAUUGCAAGAGCCAGGAAAUGUAUGCAUCCAUUUCUUAAAAGGAACAGAGUCAACUUCUAUAUUGUAACUACAUAUCCUAUCUAAUAUUGGUUACAAAACUGUCAACUUUCUUUUGUAUUUACAAGUAUUUUAUCUGCAGUCAACUUCUGUGUAUUUUUAAAUCAACGUUAUACCAUACAUUCAUGAGAGAAAAGAUUUUGUCAUGAGUUUUAUUGAUGAACGCUAUAAACUGUGCAUUAAAAAGUUGCACGGAACUUGUCAAGUGCUAGUAAAUUUUUUUAUGGCAUCUAUA